AUGACGCUCCCGGAGGAAUCGAACGAGGAGCGAGAUCGCCGGCUUCAACAGCUAUUCAGCACAAUCGACACUGAAAAAACUGGAAAAUUCGAUCUCGACCAAUUAUGCAAGGCCUUCGAGCAAAAUGGUCAUCCACUGCGGAGAUCUCCAGACGCUAUAGAGCAGCUUUUCAAGUCCCUUGACGACAACAAAGACUCAAUGGUCGAUUUUGAAGAUUUCAAAAAAUACGUGCUGGCCGCAGAAGUCCAGAUACGACAGGGAUUUCAGAAACUCGACAGCGAUGGAGACGGUAAAAUCCGCGUAAGUGAGCUUUCAAGCUACCUCAGUAAACUGGCCGAGGCCAAUGAGCCUCGACCUGAGAAGCCUUUUACGUUUAAAAAAUUCGUGAAUUGGGCUUUCACCUCCAGGAAAAAAACUGCAGAAGACACUCCUUACAUCACAUAUGAUCAGUGGCGAGACUUUCUGCUGUUCAUGCCCCGCAAGGGUGGAUCCCGAUUGCAUACCGCAUAUUCAUAUUUCUAUUUAUUCAACGAAGAUGUUGAUUUGUCGUCAGAAGGUGAUGUGACCUUGAUUAACGAUUUCAUACGUGGUUUUGGGUUUUUUGUGGCCGGUGGUGUAUCUGGGGUCGUAUCAAGGACAUGCACCGCCCCGUUCGAUCGAAUCAAAGUAUUUCUCAUCGCAAGAACGGACCUAUCGUCGACGUUUUUGAACUCAAAAGAUCGAGUCCUACAACAUAAUCCAAGCGCCGAUGUGGCCAAAAUCAAGUCACCGCUGGUGAAGGCUGCCACCUCACUUUAUAGACAAGGUGGCAUCCGUGCAUUUUACGUGGGGAAUGGCUUGAAUGUUAUAAAAGUGUUCCCAGAGUCUGCUAUCAAAUUUGGUUCUUUCGAGUUUGCCAAACGUGUCAUGGCGCAAUUAGAAGGCGUCAAAGACACGUCAGAGCUGUCUAGGUUUUCGACCUACAUAGCAGGUGGCUUAGGUGGUGUGAUGGCUCAAUUUUCGGUUUAUCCAGUCGACACUCUAAAGUAUAGGGUACAAUGUGCCCCGCUCAAUGCGCACCAAAAGGGCACACACAUAAUGAUCGAAACAGCCAAACAGAUGUACAAGGAGGGUGGCUAUAAACUAUUUUAUAGGGGGGUGACCGUGGGUGUAAUGGGAAUCUUUCCCUAUGCUGCCCUAGAUUUAGGAACUUUUUCUGCUCUGAAGAAAUGGUACAUCUCUCGCCAAGCGCGCAUGACCGGUAUCCCGGAAGACCAGGUCACAAUGAGUAACAUCUUCGUGUUGUUGAUGGGCGCGUUUAGUGGAACCGUAGGUGCAACUGUGGUAUACCCUAUCAAUCUUUUACGGACAAGACUACAAGCCCAGGGAACCUAUGCUCAUCCACACAGAUACGCGGGAUUCAGAGAUGUGUUUAUGAAAACUGUUGCAAGAGAAGGGUACCCGGGACUUUUCAAGGGACUUGUUCCUAACUUGGCGAAGGUGUGCCCCGCUGUUUCAAUCAGCUACCUAUGUUACGAAAACCUCAAAAAAGGCAUGAAGUUGGAAUGA